AUGGCAGAGAGUGAGGCAGAGACCCCCAGCACUCCAGUGGAGUUUGAGAGCAAGUACUUUGAAUACAAUGGGAUCAGGUUACCCCCAUUCUGCAGAGGGAAGAUGGAGGAGAUUGCUGACUUCACUGUCAGAAAGAAAGACAUCUGGAUCGUUACAUAUCCCAAAUCAGGAACCAGCUUGUUGCAGGAAAUAGUGUAUUUAGUAAGUCAAGGAGCUGACCCUGAUGAGAUAGGUCUGAUGAACAUUGAUGAGCAGCUGCCUGUCCUUGAGUAUCCACAGCCUGGAUUAGAUAUAAUCAAGGAAUUGACAUCUCCUAGACUUAUAAAAAGUCACCUCCCAUAUCAAUUCCUGCCUACAGACCUGCACAAUGGAGAGUCCAAGGUUAUCUAUAUGGCUCGUAAUCCUAAAGAUCUUGUAGUGUCUUAUUACCAGUUCCACCGCUCUCUGAGGACAAUGAGCUACAGAGGAACCUUCCAGGAAUUCUGCCGGAGAUUCAUGAAUGACAAACUGGGUUAUGGUUCGUGGUUUGAUCAUGUCCAAGAAUUCUGGGAUCACCAUAUGGACUCGAAUGUACUUUUUCUGAAGUAUGAAGAUAUGCACAAAGACCUUGGCACAAUGGUGGAGCAGCUGGUGAGAUUCCUGGGUGUGUCAUAUGAUAAAGCUCAGUUGGAGUCCACUGUAGAACACUGUCACCAGCUCAUUGACCAGUGCUGUAAUGCAGAGGCGCUACCUAUCGGGAGAGGAAGGGUUGGACUGUGGAAAGAUAUAUUCACAGUUUCAAUGAAUGACAAAUUCGACCUGGUGUACAAACAGCGGAUGGGGAAGUCUGAUCUGACAUUUGACUUCAGCUUCUAG